AUGUUUAAAAAUCUUCAUCUACUGAAAAGUGCUUCGCCUUCCAGAAAAACAAAAGACAUACGUGCUGAAGAUCCUGCCGUUGAAAAAUUGCUGAAAGAAACGCGAGAGUCUAUACAAGCAAUUGAGACACUAGAAAAACUUUUUCAACGUGUUCAUGAAGAGUCAAAGGAGCGCACAAAGCGAUUAGUGGAAGAUUUUGAAAAACUGAAAAGCUUGAAGCAACAACAUGGAAGAGAUUUAGACGCUCAGAUAGCUCAACAGGUCCGAACCGAAAUUGACACUAAAAAGGAACUUACUGAUAUGCUAAAUGAUGCUAAUGUAAAGGUUGUAAUGGCAAGAUCUGGAAGAAAGAGGGAAUCAGAACCUCAACGCUCGUUCCUUGUCAACAUGAUCAGAAGCGCGUUUGGAUUAUGA